UGCUUCCGGAAGAGCGUCUCCAUGUGCUUCGUGCUCCGGCCGAACUGUUGCUGUGCGUUAACGGAAGAGCGCGGGCGGAGGGCGACCGCGGCAUCAGCGUAACCCGAAGGAGGAACCUGAGGCGCUCCUGGAGCGGACCCGGCUCUCUGCCCUCUCCCUUUCCACGAACCCGGAGUGAGGGCGAGGCAAGAAAAAGGCGCGUCUCUCUCCCGAGACCAGCUUUGCCUCCAGUCAGCGCUGUGGCUUUUUUUUUAACCCUCAGCUAGAAGAAGUUCUAUAAAAUUUAAUAGACUACCAGAAUGUCUGGAGUUGAAGAGGCUGCCGAUGUGUUAUGUGAAGUGAGCCUUGAUGACGCAUGUAAAUCAUUAGGUGAGAACAAAGAAGCCAACCCCAGUACAAAUCCUAAAGAUAUUGUGGUCACUAUUGGAGCUACUGUCCCAACUGGCUUUGAGCUGACUGCUGCAGAUGAAGUACAGGAGAAGCUAGGAUCAAAGUCUAGAAUUAGCAAGGACCGAGGGAAAAUCUAUUUUGACAUUCCUGUAAUCAGCCUUCCACAGGUUCACCAGUUAAGAUCAGUUGACAAUUUAUUUGUUGUUGUUCAAGAGUUCAAAGAUUAUCAGUUUAAAGAAACUAAGGAAGAAGCUCUAAAGGAUUUAGAGGAUCUGGUUAAGAAAUUGCCUUGGACUGACCCUUUGGAAGUAUGGAAGUUAAAUACAAGUCUGAAGAAAAGAAAAACAAGACGGAGAAAAAGCAAUCAACAAAGUAAUGCCAGGAAAGAAAAACGAGAAAAUGAUGAAAGUGAAGAGAGAAGUGCUGAUAAAGAAUUGCAUAAUCCUGUGCAAAAGGAGUCUGCUAUAGUUCAAGACCCAGAAAAUACUGAUGAACCUGUGCCACCAGAUGAUGAUGAACAAUCUGAUUCUAAAGAAGAGUUACUAUCUAAUGGUGAACAUGAAAAUGAAUCUGGUGAUUGCAAGAAGUGUGAAAUUGAGGCCCAAAAGCUGAAAUUCCGUGUGACUUGCAACAGAGCUGGCGAUAAGCAUAGCUUUAAAUCAAAUGAGGCAGCAAGAGAUUUUGGAGGAGCUGUGCAAGAUUUCUUUCAGUGGAAGGCAGACAUGACCAAUUUCGAUGUAGAGGUUCUUCUCAACAUCCACAAUAAUGAAGUGGUAGUAGGGAUUGCCCUAACAGAGGAAAGUCUUCAUAGAAGAAAUAUAACACAUUUUGGGCCUACAACUCUUCGAUCCACUCUAGCUUAUGGUAUGCUUAGACUCUGUGAUCCUCAGCCAGCUGACAUAAUUAUUGAUCCAAUGUGUGGGACAGGUGCUAUACCAAUUGAGGGUGCUACUGAAUGGCCCAAUUGCUAUCAUAUUGCUGGGGAUAACAAUCCACAGGCUGUGAAGAGGACAGCAAAUAAUAUUGCCUCUGUAAUGAAGCAGAUUCAAAGUAGAGACAGCACAUCUCCAGGAAAACCCAUAGAUAGCAUUCAGUGGGAUAGCUGCUGUAUACCACUGAGGACUGGCUCUGUGGAUGUCGUUGUAACAGAUAUGCCAUUUGGAAAGAGGAUAGGGUCUAAGAAAAAGAACUGGGACCUCUAUCCAUCCUGCCUUCUGGAAAUGGGUCGGAUUUGCAGGCCAAAGACUGGCAGAGCUGUAUUGCUGACACAAGACAGGAAGUGCUUUGCCAAGGCCUUGUCAAAAAUGGGACAUCUAUGGCGAAAGUCUCAAACGAUCUGGGUGAAUGUUGGGGGACUUCAUGCAGCUGUGUAUCUUUUGAAACGCUCUGGAGAAAAAAUUGAAGACACAGCAUCCUGGUAACAUGUUGACUUGAUGUACUUGACUACAUCUGCAUUCACAUGUAUUUUGAGGGCCUUUUGUACAAUGCUUGCCUGAGAUUCUGAGCUAGGCAGUCUUGAAUGGGGCUGAAAAUAUAAGCAAGUAAGCAAGCUCAUGGACCCAAGCAUCAGGUGUUUCCUGCCCAGGUAGAAACAUGUGAGGGAGCUUUCAGGGCUUCAGCAGAAAAGUAUAACCAAGUUAUUCAUGAAGCUAUAAACUAGUAACUUCUAUGUGCCUGUUAAUGAGUUACCAUUUCAUUUUGGGUGUUAAAGUAUUUCAUAUUUACAGGACAGGUUUAUCUUUUGUGAAAAGACUAGCAGAUUGGCCUUGUUUUCAGGCCGCCGAAGAGCUCAUUGAAAAUAAUGUUGAGUUAGAGUCCUGAAGAGUUGUUUCCUUGGGCACUAUUCAGCUUGGAAUAUCUUUUAGGUAAGGGUUGCUUUAAAUGAGAACAUUUUGUCAUUGGAGAAGUUCCUCCAUUUAAUCCUGUUUUAGCAUUGCCAGAAAUGAACAACAAGGAUAGUAGGAAAUAUUAAUUCUGUUUGUGAUUUGGUAAAAGCCUAUCUCAGUAGUACUGCCUGUUUUUCACCUGCUACCUCAAUUUAAGCCCCAAUUCCUUUGUUUACUUUUAUAUGCCAUGUAUCUUCCUACUGUAUAUUGGGCCAAGAAUGCGUACCAUCUGCCUUUGUAUGUUUCAUUCAUCUUGUUUCUAAUUCGAAAUGAGACUUGACAAAUGCUCUGAAGUUCUUCCAUAUAUAACUGUUGCUUUGGAUGUAUAAGAAAAAUCUAGAUAAGAAUGUUUCUGGUGCAGUUGACUGUAGCCUGGAAAUGACAGACAGAAAGCUUUGUCAUCUAACAACAAACACACAGUAACUCUAACCUGUAAUGACCCUUGAGCAUAAUCUAAUAAACAAGAUUCAUGCAAGAUCA